AUGAAGCAAUUAAGACUUGUAACCUGGAACGUCAACGGGCUACGUGCAGUGCUACAGCGUCUAAAGCAGACUUUACCUGAAUUUCUGUCGGAUCUUAAUGCGGACAUUAUUUGUUUGCAAGAAACGAAGCUGACGCGCUCGGAAUUGAAUGAGGAGCAUGUGCGGCCACCGGGAUUUGAUGCAUUCUACUCCUUUUGCCGAUAUCGUGGGGGAUACUCGGGCGUAGUCACCUUUGUUAGAAGCACAUUGCCUACAGUAGCUGCUGAUGAAGGCCUUACAGGACUUUGGCAGACUAAGGACAGUGUUGGGCAUGUCGGAUCGCUGCACAACGAGCUUCCAUCAGGAUUAGUCAAAAAUCUAGAGGCUGAGGGGCGGUGUGUCAUCACCGACCACCAGGCUUUUGUACUGCUCAAUACGUAUUGCCCAGCACUUGCAUCCGCAGAUCGUCUCGAUUAUAAGCUCCACUUUCAUGCACUGCUGCAAGACCGAGUUAUGUCUUUACGAGCAGCCAACAAGCACGUUAUUGUCGUGGGUGAUAUCAACAUUGCCCACCGAGAUAUCGAUCAUUGCGAACCACACGCACAUCAAGCCAGCGGCCUAGCCUUCAGCGACCAUCCAUGUAGAAAGUGGAUGGACUCUUUUGUUGCGGUACCAAAUGAGCGGCAGGAAGUGUUACCCUCAGAGCCAGGUAGCGACACAACUGUUGAUGGAGGUUGCUCGCAUAAGCUAGUUGAUACCUUUCGGUAUUUUCAUCCUCACAAGACUAAGGCUUUUACGUGCUGGAACACGCAAACACGAGCACGCCAAACAAACUAUGGAAGCCGAAUCGACUAUAUAUUAACAGAUGUAGCGUUUCUUAAUUUUGUAACAUCAUGCAGUAUUGAUGUAGAGCGUCUUGGGUCCGAUCAUUGUCCAGUGAUAAUGUCGUGCACAGUGGACUUAAAAGCUGACUCAAGGACUUACAAUGAUAGAAAAACUGCAGCACUGUGCGCUAAACAUUUUGUAGAGUUUUCAGGAACACAACAAAGUAUCAGAUCUUUUGUCGUUCGGGGUCACAAUAUGAAUGACUCUGAAGGUCAAUUGCGCCCCCUAGCUGGUUAUUUGAACCCGAAAAGGACUAAUCGUGGUCAGCAAUUUAUAACUUCGUUUUUGAGUCAUACAGGAAGCAAAAAUAAAUCUUCUGCAAAGCGCAAGGAAUGCUGGAGAGAAAAUUUGGCUGCGAAUUAUUGUGAGGUAGUACGAAUUUCGAAGAAGGCGGCAUUUGAGAAACCGAAGGAAGAAUGGGCAAAUGUGCUAAAUGGUCGACCUCCUCAAGUACCAUUGUGCAAAUGCGGUCAACCGACUGUGCUUCGAUCAGUUAUAAAAGCAAAUGAUAAUCGCGGUCGUAAGUUUUAUGUCUGCACCAAACCAGUGGGUGAGAAAAAAAAUCCUGAUGCGAGGUGCGAUUUUUUCAAGUGGGCUGAUAGCAAAAGUAUUAAGAACCCAAGUCCAGCUAACGCGAAAAGUAGUAUUAACCUGCAGUAA